AUGAUUUAACCUGAAGGUGGUUUUUAAUGUAAUUCACAUUAAUAAAUUGUGAAGUAUGUUCUGAUUAAAGAAAAUAAAAAGUUUCAACUUUAAUGCGAAUAAUGUUUUUAGGAAAUGGAAGGGGAAAAAAAAGCUUAAAACAUUCGUGAAAUAAUAGAUAAAACUAGUAAAAUAAAAUAAUCAGAAUAUGAAGAAUAUUAAAUGAAAUUAUUACCUGAAUUAACAACACUUGAUGAUUAUCAAAAAUGUUUUUCUAAAUUAUAAGAUUCUAUUAAAGAAGUUAUUAGAAAAUUAUUUAUGGAUCUUAAUAAUUGGAAGGAGGAUUUAGAAAGUAAGCUAGAUGAAAAGUCUAAAUUUAACUUUAUUCAAGAAUUAUAGCAUGAGCAACAACAUAAUAGUUAAAUGAUAGAUGAAUUUUUGAAGAAAUUACGAUCUUAGUAUUCAGAUAAAUUAGAAUAAAGCUUUAUCGAUUUAGAAAUUCUAAUAACAAAAAAUCUUUAAUUAAAUAAAUUACGCUCAUCCCUAAAUGGAUAGAAUGUUAUCUAAUAGUCACCUAGGAAACAGUUUUUGGGGAAAAAUAUGAAAAUUGAAAUUAAAAAAUCUCCUGAUUUAAAAAUUGUAUUUAAAGGAGAAAACUCAGAAAUCAUAGAUGUAUUUUAGGAAAUGUAAUAAGUAUAAGAAAGAAAAAUAUCUUAUAAAAAAUAAAAUAAAACAGUUAGUUAACCCAUACAGUGUGAAGCAAUUUCAUUUAAUAAAGAUGACUCUAUAAUUGCUACUGCUUGUGAUAGAGAAAUAAAAAUAUGGAAAUUUUAAGAUGGAAACAUAAGUGAUCUUCUUUAUAAUCUAAAUGAACAUACUUAAACAAUUAAUACUCUACUAUUUAGUAAAAAGAAAAAUUGGUUAUUCUCUGCAGGAAAGGAUUUUUCAAUCAUUUUAUGGAAACCAAAAAAAAUUUUAUUCAACAUUGAUAUAACGAAAAAACAAAUUUAUCCUUAAUGUCAUAGAGAUUAGAUUAUAUUUCUUGAGUUAAAUGAAAAGGAAGAUUAAUUAUUUUCUUGCAGCAGUGAUUGCAAAAUUUUAAUUUGGGCAGUAAACUAUGAAAGGAAUUUUAUUUUACCUCUACAAUAAUUAGAAAAACAUACUGCCCCAGUAACCUAAGUUAGAUUAAAUUAAAGAAAUACUUUAAUGGCGUCUAUAUCUUUAGAUAGAAAAAUAAUUAUUUGGGACAAAAAUGAUUAAUAAGAAUGGAACUUUAAAUAACAAAUAGAAAACUCAGAUGGAUGCAAUGUUAAUUUUUUAAAUGACUAUACUAUAGUUUCAAAAUAACUUAAAGGAUAAAUUUAAAUCUUUCAAGAAAAAGAUAGAUAAUUUUCUAAGAUUUUAAUAAAAUAACUACCUGAGGAUAAGGAAAAAGAUGGAGAUUACUAACCAUCAAUAUUUUAUUCAUAGUAAUAAAUUCUAAUUUAAAAACAUCUUAAAAAUCUUUAUUUUUUAACCAUUGACAAAUAAAAUGAUAUAACAAUUCAAGACUAGAAUAUUGAAUUAGAAGAUGAAAACAGUAAUGCAAACUUAUCAAAUAGUGGUAAACAUUUAGUAGUAUGGUGCAAAGAAUAAUUUAGAGUUUAUGAACUUUUUUAUGAUUGA